GCACAUUUCCAUCUUUUGGAGAAUAUGAUCUUAAAUCAGACGGUUGUAAAAAAUGGUAUUGCGAAAAACUUCGUUAUCAUUGCCCGAUUAGAAAAACUGAUGGUUGGUUUUUAGUGGAUGAUUAUGAAGUAUUUAAAAUUGUCAAAAAA